AUGGGGGAGGGUGGUUCGUAUGUUCCGGGUGGUGGUGGUCGGAAGGAGAUUGUUUUGGACGACACACGUAAUUGCUUACCUGAUAGACCUGAACAACGUAAGGACAAGUGUGCUGGUGGUGGAUCCUCAACUCCAUCAAGACCAUCACCAGUUCCAACUCUGCCUGUUCCGGAACCAUCGCCAGUUCAAAAACCACAACCACCGGAAGAAUCACCGCAAAGGGAUGAUCCUUACGAUCAGUCUCCAGUGAAGAACCGUCGCAGUCCUCCUCCACCAGCUUCGGUAAACUCUCCUUCACUUCCUCUUCCGUCACCUCCUCUACCACCACCGGUUAACUCUCCUCCACCGCCGGUCCACUCUCCACCACCACCGCCUGUCUACUCUCCUCCACCACCCGUCUUUUCACCACCACCUCCAGUCUACUCUCCACCACCACCACCGCCACUAGCGCCUGUUCACUCACCGCCUCCACCUGUCAACUCGCCACCACCACCAGCUCCGGUGGAGAUAAAACAGACACCGGCUGCACAAGCACCAGCUCCAAGUGAGUUCAUCACACCAACACCAGCUCCGGUGGAGAAGAAACAGACACCAGCUGCACAUGCACCAGCUCCUAGUGAUGAGUUCACCACACCAUCACCAUCUCCAUCUCCGGUGGAAAAGAAAGAGACGCCGGCUGCACAAGCACCAGCUCCAAGUGAUGAGUUCAUCAUACCACCCUUUCUCGGCCACCAAUAUGCAUCGCCUCCACCUCCAAUGUUCCCAGGCUACUAA